UAUAAAUAAUGUGGUCGUUCUUUUCACGGGACUCCACAAAAGAUUUUCCUUAUGAAAUAGUUGAGAAUAUUUCUGGAUUUGAGGAAAAAAGUAUCUGGAGUUUAAAAAAAGGCAAACGGAAAGGAUCUGACGAACAAGUUUCAAUUUUCACGUACGAGUUAAAAAGUGGAUCCGAAACUCAAAUUGAAAUUGCAAAAGCAAGUCUCAAGAGGAUUAAAACGUUAAGACAUCCGUCAGUACUCCAAUAUCUCGACAGCUUUGAAAAUGAUAAAGUGAUUUAUGUUGCAACAGAGUAUGUUGAGCCACUUGGCUUUUACUUGGAUAAGAUUCCAUCGGAUGGCCGCAGGGAUUUGUAUCUUGCAUGGGCUGUCUUUCAAAUAACGAGAGCUUUAUCAUUUCUUAACAAUGACGGAAGUCUUCGUCACAAUAAUGUAUCGAUAUGGUCGGUAUUUGUGAAUUCAAGUGGCGAAUGGAAACUUGGUGGACUCGAAUAUGUGCAAGCAGUCGAUAUUAACAAUCAACAUAAUCAAACAAUCAUUCCUGUGAAGAUACCACCAGCACUUGAAAUUUACGACCCUCCGGAAAAAAAUGACCCAACAAGGAUCAAAAAUUCUACAAAGUGCUCUACCGAUAUGUGGGGCUUAGGAUGUUUAAUCUGGGAAUCUUUUAAUGGACAAUUGCGAUCACGUAGCAAUCUUAAGGAUUUAGAGCAUAUACCAAAAUCACUUGCGCCUGUUUAUUGCGAGUUGGUAGGAGCAAAUCCAUCAAAUCGUCCAAAUCCAGCUGAUAUUAUAACGCGAUGUCGCAAGCCUGGCGGAUUUUUCAAGAAUGAACUAGUCGACACACUUUUAUUUCUCGAAGAAAUUCAAAUCAAAGAUAAGGCUGAGAAAGUUCGAUUCUUUAAUGCUUUAACGCCGAUGCUUGAUAAUUUUCCUGACAAUGUUUGUCGUCAUAAGAUUUUACCACAAUUGAUAACGGCCUAUGAAUAUGGGGAUGCAGGAUCGGUUGUACUGGGACCGAUGUUUAAACUUGGUCGACUUCUCGAUGAGGUUGACUAUCAAAAGCGAAUUGUUCCUUGUGUUGUUAAAUUAUUUGCAUCGACAGAUCGUGUUACUCGCUCAAGAUUACUUCAACAACUCGAACUUUUUGUUCAUCAUCUGACACCAGCUGUGAUCAAUGAUCAGAUAUUCCCGCAAGUUGCGCACGGCUUUCUUGAUACAAAUGCAACAAUUCGUGAGCAAACAGUGAAGUCAAUCAUUCAUCUCGCACCAAAACUCAACUACAACAAUCUUAAUGUUGAAGUUCUCCGACAUUUCGCUCGAUUACAAUCGAGAGAUGAACAAGGUGGAAUAAGAACUAACACAACAGUUUGUUUAGGAAAGAUUGCUCAACAUUUACAUCCACAAGUUCGUCAAAGGGUUUUAAUAUCAGCUUUCAUUCGUGCCAUGCGUGAUCCAUUUCCGCCAAGUCGUGUUGCUGGGAUCUUGGCACUUGCUGCAACUCAACAAUAUUUUUUGUUGAGCGAAGUUGCAAAUCGAAUUUUACCAGCACUUUGUCCAUUAACAGCUGAUCCAGAGAAAAGUGUAAGAGAUCCAGCUUUUAAAACAAUUAGAGGAUUUCUAGGGAAACUUGAACGUGUCUCAGAAGAUCCAACAUUAAGGGAAAGUAUGGAGGCUGAUGUUCAUACAGCUACACCAACGAUAGGAAAUGCAGCAGCAACGUGGGCUGGUUGGGCUGUAUCAGCAGUUUCAGCAAAGUUUUAUCGUUCACAAAGUGACACAGCAAGACCAAGACCUCCGUUAACUGGUAAAAAUUUAAGUAAGCCUGCUUCAUUGGAACAACCAUCAAGUAGUAGCAUUUCCACGACAACAAGUAGCGUAACUUCAAUGACAUCUUUAGAACAUGAAAGCAAUGACACAUCGGUUUCUGCUUCAGAUUAUGGUGCUGAUAAUUGGGAUCAAGAAAAUUGGGGCGAUAUGGAUACAUCGCAAGAUCCGUCGUCACCUUUAGCUGGCCCUUCAUCAACAUUGAGUGCCAACCUUAACGUUAAUACAACAAUUAAUGUCAUGACAACAACGACAGUCAAUGAUGUACGAGAUGGAUGGGAUAAUGACGAAUGGGGAAGUCUCGAAGAAGAACCAGCGAAUGAAGAAUUGGAAGAGAAAGCGAAUAAUGAUACAAACCAUUUAAAAUCAUCGAGAAGCAACUCGAAUUCUCAUUCAUCAUCAGGCGUUUAUAACAAUAAUACUGUAAACAAUAUCAGCCCGUCGAAGAAGAAUGGCGAUGCUGAUGAAUUGUUGCUCAAUUCAAGCUCAAAUUCCAAUUCAAAUUGGGAUAAUUAUGGAACAUCUUGGAAUGAUGAUGAGUUUGAACCUAUUGAAGAUACGAAUGCUGCAAAUUCAAAAUUCGACGAAGCUCGUAGAAAAAGAGAAGAAAAGAAACUUCAACGACAACGUGAGAUGGAAGCACGUCGUGCAGCUCGUGGUGGUCCUAUGAAACUUGGUGUUGGUGCCAAGAAACUUUAAAAAUAUUCAUAUAUUUUUAUGACUCCAUUUAAUCUUUUCUUUCCUUUUAUUUUACUCUUUUAAAAAAGAAACUUAAAAUUACCGCAAACAAACAUGAAAUAAGCAUUUCCUUUUCCCUUUAAAAACUCUGCUGUUAGUUAUAUAAAAUUAAUAUACAUUAAGGAUCGCUUGGUCCAUCUCCCACCCAUCCAUCCAUCCACAGUUCUAACGCACACUAAAUCAUAUUUUCUAUUUUUCCAACAUUGAAUUUUCCUAAACAAAAAUUUUACCGCAGCCGCGUAACGUAACAUUUGGAUUACUAAAACUUAUAGUAAAAUUUUUAUCCUCCCAUUAACAAACUGGAAAUUUGAUGAUUGGGAGCGAAAUUGUAGUUAGAUUGAUUAUUGAAAGAAAGACAGAUGGUUAUCUAAGAAACCAAAUACUUAUAGUGUAGGAGAGAAAACUGAAAAAAUCCUUAAAAAUGGACUAAAAAUUUUAAUUUCUUUUUCUAAAAUUGGAGAAAAAAAAAGCUUUUGGGGACAAUCGAAAUAUUAUUGAAUGUCCAACCUUCAAUAUGAAUGAAAUAAAAUUGCGUUUUCCUUACCACUGUUUUCCCCCAUUGAACAUCUUUAUUUUUUUAGAAAACUUGUUAACUUAAAGUGAAAACUUUACAUGUCAAUGUUGAGGAAGAGAAAUAAAAAGGCGAUUCAAUGAUGUUUUUAAACUUAUAUGAAAAAUCUCUGAAUGUUGGAUGGUUCGUGAUAGAUAAUCCCAAUUCAUCUCUUUUUAAAUGAAAUUUAAGUGGAAGAAUCCUUCAAUUUGUCAAUGCUUCGAUUUCAACGAUCUUCAUGAAGAUAAUUUUCCAUUGAAAACUUCGAAGUUAAAGUUGACAAACAAAAGAAAGGAGAAACAUUAAAACUGUCAAACUUUGUAAAAUUCCUUUUUGGCCUUUUUGUAAAUUUAACAAGAAAAAAAUGAAUCAUUAAAUAUUCUAAUUCUAAAU